AAAGUGGGCGGCGAAAACCAUGACAAAAAGCCGAAGAAGCACGAAACCAACCGAAUCAAAUCGACCAAGUACACCCUGCUGACCUUUCUGCCGCUGAAUUUGGCCGAACAGUUCCGCCGGGUGGCCAACUUCUACUUUCUCUGCAUGACGAUCAUAUCGAUCGUGAUCGACAGUCCAGUUUCCCCGCUAACCUCGCUGGUGCCGCUGGUUUUCGUAAUCUCCGUCACGGCGGCGAAGCAAGGUUAUGAAAACUACCUUCGCUAUCGGGCGGACAAUGUGGUAAACCACUCGUUGGUGACGGUUGUACGGAACGGGGCCGAGAUGGACAUCCGUAGUCAGGACAUCCGGCAGGGGGACAUCGUGUUGACUUCGAGGGAUUGCGACAUUCCGUGCGAUUUGGUGCUGCUGAAGUCUUCCGAUGAAAGUGGGAAGUGUUAUGUUACGACGGCCAACUUGGACGGGGAGACGAACCUGAAGACGAUGUCCGUUCCGAAGGGAAUACCGGAUCUACCCGUCGAUAAGCUACACACGCUCGGUAGGAUCGAGUGUGAACUGCCAAAGACUGAUUUGUAUACUUUCAAUGGGAGGAUCGAGCUGGCUGAAAUGCACUGCCGGCAGGAUGUGACCGUUAUUGAUGGGGUGGAAACGGAGUUUCAUGUGCUUCCGUUGAUGGCGGAGAACCUGCUGUUGCGGGGUUCCCGGCUGAAAAACACGGAAUGGGCAAUUGGGUGUGCCGUCUAUACCGGACAGAACACGAAGCUUGCGUUGAAUAGCAAAAUGACCAGCAAUAAGAUGAGUUCCAGUGAAGGAUACAUCAAUCGGUAUUUGGUGUUCUUUCUGGUACUGCUGGUGGCGAUCGUUACGGUUUCAUUUUUCAUGAAACGAUACAAUGAUCGGUACCACGUAGAACAUAACCGUUAUUUGGGAGAACAUCUUGCGACCUACCAGGUGUCCCAGUUUCUGCAGGAUUUCUUCUCUUUCCUGAUUUUGUUCAACUACCUGAUUCCGAUCUCGCUCUAUGUGACGAUUGAGAUGGCCAAAUUUUGGGGUGGUUUCUAUCUGGAGUGGGACCUGGAUAUGUACGACGAAGAGACUGAUCAACCGUGCAUCGUAAACACGUCGGAUAUCAACGAGGAGUUGGGUCAAGUUUCGCUUUUGUUCUCCGACAAAACGGGUACCCUGACCAAGAACAUCAUGAUCUUCCAGCAGUGUUCGAUUAACGGGAAAAUGUACAGCCAAAAGGGUCGUAGACUGCAGGAAGUUGGCCGCAACUAUGCUCUGAAGAUCAACGAGUGUUCGCGUCAUGUUUACAAUUUUUUCGAAGCUUUAGCCGUCUGUCAUACGGUGCAGGUGGCGGGUGACUACACCAACGAGGCAGAUGAUCCGGAAGCCGAUAAGGACGACGAUGGCGAGGAUGCGGAGCAAACGGAGGAACCGAACAACAAUCGUUCGGUUCGAAACUUUUCACACAUUUCCGAAGAGAUCGAAGCCAGUCUGAAUAGUCGGUCUACCCUGGAUGAAACGGAUUUCAUCCAGCUGAAACGUUUGGCACCGAGAAACCGGUCCCCGGCGGUGGAUGUGAUCAUCAACGAGCAGGCACCCAACAACCCUGUGGAAACCGAAUUCCGGCCAACCAGCGAACCGGUUGCGCGCCGCUCGGGCAGCAUCUUCACCGGCCAGGACAACCGCAUCCACCCGGUUUCGCUACAGAUUCCCCCGUUCACGCGAUCCACCUCGGCUACGUCUUCCCGUCGCUCUUCCCGCCCACAAAGUCUGGUGGAAUCAACCACAUCCGAGGAACGGGACGGCACGGGUGUGCUUCAACAAAAUGCCAGCAACGGUCACCUGAACAGUUCGAUCCAAUCGAUCGAGCUGAAGCGAGCGGUUUCCGCGUACGAGGAAAAGUCCGAAACGGAUCACGUCGUGAAAACGCACCGCCGAACGCAAUCGCAUGUUCCGCCCGGGAUGGCCAAUCGGGCGAAUGGUGCGAUAGGAAGUGGACGGGGGUCGGUCGCUUUGCGAAGGGAUCGUCCCUCCAUUCGAUCGACUGCCAGGGAGUACUAUGCCGCACCUUCCUACACGGAGGCGUCCCUUGUGGAACGACAGCAGUCCGUCAUGAAGCAGGAGGAGGUGCUCUCGUUUAUUCUCAAAAUGGACUACCAAGCAUCGAGCCCGGACGAGAAGGCACUGGUGGAAGCGUGCGCCAAGAUGGGACUGGUUUUCGUCGGAGACGACUCCGAAGUGCUGAGCAUCAAGCUGCGCGAAUCGUGCGUCAAGCGCAACGUAAAGUCCAUCUACGGCGAGGCGCCGAAGGAGGAACUGGUCAAAUAUCAGCGGCUCGGUGUGCUGGAGUUUACCUCCGACCGCAAGCGGAUGAGCGUAAUCGUUCGGGACGCCCAGGGUCAAAUUUGGCUCUAUACCAAGGGGGCGGAGAGUCACGUGCUGCCGCUGUGCACCAAAACGGCGACCGGGUUAGUCAUUGCGACGCAGAAGCAUAUUAACGAGUUCGCCAAGCAGGGACUACGCACGCUGGCCGUUGCGAGACGAAGACUGACGCAGCUGGAGUUCGCUAACUACCGGAACGAACUGAUACAGGCCGGUAAUUCGUUGACCGAUCGAGCCGCGAGGGUUGAGGAGUGUCAGCGUAAGGUUGAGAUGGGUCUGGAGCUGCUUGGAGCGACGGCUGUGGAAGAUGCGCUGCAGGAUAACGUUCGGGAUACGUUGGAGUCGUUGCGGGAGGCUGGCGUGAAGGUUUGGGUGCUCACCGGUGAUAAGGUGGAGACGGCGCUGAAUAUAGCUUUAAGCUGUGGUCACAUUCCUGACAAUGCCUUCCGGUACUUUGUGACGGAUUGUACUACGAUGGACGAAGUUCAGCAACACUUUGAUGUGUUUUCGUUCGAGAUGUUCCGGGCACCGGAACGGGAGUAUGCCCUGCUGAUCGAUGGAGCUAGUCUGGCGAUUGCGCUGCAACACCUGAAGGAGGUGUUCCGUGAUGUGUCAAUCAAGUGCCGGGCAGUGCUGUGCUGCCGGCUGAGUCCACUGCAGAAAUGUGAGGUCGUUCAGUUGAUGAAGACCGUCGAGAGUGCUCCGGUGACGGCUGCCAUCGGAGAUGGAGCGAAUGACGUUUCGAUGAUUCAGGAAGCGCACGUUGGGAUUGGAAUCGUUGGAAAGGAGGGACGGCAGGCGGCACGGUGUGCCGACUACGCACUGGCCAAGUUCUGCAUGAUCAAGAAGCUGUUUCUCGUUCAUGGGCACUUUUUCUCUACGCGGUUAUCCAUCCUGGUGCUGUACUUUUUCUACAAGAACUUGAUUUUUAUGGGGAUUCAGUUUUUCUUUCAAAUCCACAGCAUGUUCUCAUCACAGUCUGUCUACGAUUCCGUUUUUCUCACGCUCUACAACGUAGUGUACACCUCCCUUCCGGUGCUAGUCCUCGCGUUAACCGAGAAACCGUACAAAGACGAAGUCCUGAUGAAAGAACCUUCCCUCUACCAGCGAGUAGCCGGCAACAAGCAGUACGCGUGGAAGUACUUCAUCGGCUGGAUGUUCCUGGCGCUGUAUCAUUCCACCAUCAUCUACGUGUUCUGCUGGGCAGUUUGGGGCACCAAUCCGGCCAUCUACGCAUGGUGGCCUGCAACGGCCAGCUUUGCCUGUUUCGGAACCAUUGCGAUCCACAACGUAGUCGUGCUGGCCAACCUGAAGCUCCUGCUGGAGGCAAUCUACAAGAGUUACGCCUUCAUCGCCUCCAUUUGGUUGUCGAUCUUCGGCUUCAUGGGAACAACCUUCAUCUACAAUCUGUUCAACAUAUUCGGCCUCAUUUCCAGAAACUACGACGGCGACAUGCUGCACGUCUACAACAACCUGCUGUCGUCGAUGACGUUCUGGGUGCUGAGCCUGCUGAUCCUGGUGGCGGCCUUCGUGCCGGACUUUACGAUGUUCGCCGGACGGGCCAUCGGGAUAAAGAUCGGUCACAUUUUCCCCGGCGGGGCCAAGUAUCGGAGUGCGUUCUUCCAGCGGCGCGCUCGGGGCACGGAAAGUACGUACCUGUGAUUUAUUUACACGAACGAGGCGCGUGGUUUUUAGUUUACGAGUUUAGUUUGCAUGACACGCGCGCCACCCUAGGAAAGUGCCAACCAACCUAUAGGUUAAGAGCUAAGCUAGAAAAGUACUGUGCCUUAAGUUAUUAUUACUGUAGUGCUAGAAGCUGAAACAAACCGGAACCGGAAUGUGCGUGAUUGACAGAGUUCCUAG